GAGCAACUGUGGUCAUGCUCAACCGUAAGAGCUCCCGUGCGGAGGCAGCCGAAGAGCAGGUCAAAAAAGAAGUGAGCAACGAUGGGAAGGUGAUGACUGUGGAGUGCGACCUGCAGGACAUGGACAACGUCAAGGCCGCCGCAGAAAAAAUCAAGGAGCUUUUCUCAGAGUCUGGCGUUGAUGUUUUGUGCAACAACGCCGGAGUGAUGGCUCUGGCGGAUGAAGCAACCAAGGAUGGCUAUGAUGUGCAAAUGCAGACCAACCACUUGUCCCACUUCCUAUUGACGAAGGAGAUCUUCCCACUCCUCGAGAAAG